AUGGAGAUACCUCUUCCGAACCAAUUGCGCUGUGAAGUGACGGUAAAAGCUGGGAGACCUUUUGAGCGAUGCCGCGAUAAAGGAGCUGCUUUGACUUUUGAUAUCGAUGUAUCGGAAGGCUACGAUGUUUUAAGAGCAAAAGUUAAGUCGGCGUUCGCUAGCAAGGAGCGUCUGUGCUGGAACGGUGGCCUGGAUGUUUUCAUCAAGCUUGCCAAGAAUGCUCCGCAGAAAGCAUUUGUGAAGCUAGAUCAAGAUGGAUUCUUGCCUUUGCUUCAAACCGCAUGGCGUAACGCACGGCUACGACGUGCUGGGCAAGAUGAUUUUUCUCUAAACCUUUUUGUUUAUGUAGAGAGACCGAAAAGGACACCUACUGCUACGCUUCAUCGAGCGACGGAGAAUCGGGUACAACAAGUCCUACAACGUGUCCAAGAAGCGCUACAAUCGGCCAAUGUAUCCUUUGGUCCUGUUACGUUGCGUUAUGCUGCAACUGCCCAAGCCAAAUUGCCGGAUAGUGAAGAAGUACGAGUUCCAGACAACACGACGUUCCGUCAGCUACAGCACAUUGACAGCUUGGAGCAACAGGCAGUCAGCAACGUGAGGGAGCCGGAUGAAUUUGCUCCCAUUCAAGUGAUGAUCAACGACGCAACGGUGACGUUAAGGAUGCGGGUGCAGGACAUUCGAUGCGCAUUGGGAUUGCCACCGUACCCGCUGUGUCCUCCGUUCCGCCAACCUCCCAUAUACGUUCCACCACCUGCUCAUGACAUGGAGGACGUUGACCAUGUCCUCAGCGACGAUGGAAACGACAAUGACCUGGCUGAAUUUGCGGUUUAA